UCAUGCUCGAUGAAGAAUUCCCUGGUUUCGACUUGGUUUCAGUAGUCUCAAUACGACUAUACAUCGCUCCUGCCAGGACAUCAUUAUUGCCUUCUAUUGUUUCCCUUGCUAGGGCUGGGCCCGCGCAAUAAUUCUGUCAUCAGCAGCCUUCUACUCCGCGCCGAACAGCACCGCAGUCAUGGAACCAGUCGUCAAUGUCCUGCUAGACACCUUUCCGGGCCUUUCGCUGCCUUCUACGUUGUGCCUACCUCUGCCUGCAUCAUUUACCACCAGUGAGCUGCUGACCACGAUCGCAAAUCUACUGCCGCACAAUCUGCCAAAUACCACUCGCCUAAUUGUCACGUCCAGCACAAAUCGCUCAGUCCACGCAUCUCCUACUACAACCCUUGCAGACCUCAGUCGACAGUCAUCAUGUUGGUACGGACUAGAGGCUGCUAUGCUGCCUUUGCGGCUGUCCGCCCCAUUAGUCGGGGGAAAGGGUGGCUUUGGCUCUCAGCUCAGAGCUGCAGGUGGCCGCAUGUCUUCGCGCAAGAAGCGUCAAAAUGCAGAGCUCGCGACUGGAAGUGCGCGUAACUUGGACGGACGGAGACUGAGAACCAUUACAGAGGCGAAGAAUCUGGCCACCUAUUUGGCCACCAAACCUGACAUGGACAAGAAGGAGAAAGAAGAGAGGCGAAAGAGAUGGGAGCAGGUCAUUCAGCUGGCCGAGCAACGAGAAGCGGACAUGCGGGCUGGCAAAGGACUGGAUGGUCGCAGGAAAGGCUUGAGUGAUGAGUGGGUGGAAGAAAAAGAAGAGAUUGGAGAGAAUGUCAGAAAUGCUGUCAAGAUGGCUAUUCUAGCGAAUCAGCAGAAGCCUGCUACUGCGGAUGGCACUGCACAAGAAGACGACAGCAGUGGAAGCGGAGGAUCUCCCGCCGGCAGUGGGGAGGAUAGCGACGCCGAAGAUUUAAUGGAGCUUGACGAGGAUGAAAUGGCACGGCUCAGGUCAGAAGCCGAAGCCGGGGACGCGGAUGCACUCUGGGUGCUUCAACAUCGGCUCAAGAUACCAGCGCACCUGCUGCCAAAGCUUAAGCCGCCUGUGCGACGAUUCGCGGGAUUUGAUGACGAUGACGACGACGACGACGACAUCUCAAGCAGUGAUGAGGCCGACGACCAGAAGCCGGCGACAGAGGGAAAGGGCAAACAAAAGAUUACCUCAUAGCUUGUGCAGAAAUCUAUUCAAAGCCCCAUGAUCUGUUCCAGUGAUGCAUCAUUUGUCUCGCCCGAGGCUGUUGUUGAUCGGUUCUUUUGCUUCAAAAUGUUGAACUCGCCUGGAAUCAGGCGAAUGACACACUAUGCGGAGUAUCGCACUCCGGAUAUACGGACUUUCGCGACCGAAUCCACCUUGGACAAGCGAAAGGGGAAGGAUCAGACUAUCUUGACGCCUCAGAUAUGAAGUUCAUGCAUGACUAGCAGUGCUUGCUUUCUCCAGAUUCUGUUGGGUUAGAAAAGGUCACAUACUCUCUCCCUGAAGCGUGUCACAAUCUUUUACCCUUCACAAUCUCAUACUCGAGCUAAAUGCAUCAUCGUCCUCUGCAUU